CUCAUCAUUGGUUUAGUACCUACGUAUGGGUGGAUCUCCCGACUUUUGAGCUAGAUUUUUUGAAUCGAUUUGACUAUGUCCAUCCAGAGCAAGCACUCUACAUGAUCAAGGACCGAGUUCAAAAACCUCUCGAGUCCAUUGCAGAAUAUCGAAACCAGUUCUACCGAAUGUUUGUGAAAACUGAGCGGGGCGAACAAUUAGGGAGAGAUCUGUUUAUAGACGGACUCCGCAACCGAACGAUUAGGGCGAAACUGCGGAAACAGUUCUCCCCCAUCAAUCACACGCUGCAACAGAUUAUGGCAGCUGCAGAGGAGAUGGAACGGAAGUUUGCGGCGAGCUUCUUAGAAGAAGAAGACUAUCCUAAGGAAGGAGACUCGUUCGAGAUUUCGAGGGCAAGGGCUGAGCUGGCUGCGUUGCAAAACAAGUUCGAAAACAUGGGGUUUGUAUCAGGACAUGUUACCUAUAUGGAACAGAUAUCCCCCAAACGACCAGCACCUAGUGUAAUUACGGGCAUGCUCGCCCCCGUGAUACCAGCACCCGUAAUGACGGCACCCUCACCACCAAUCGAGAAUCCCGUACGGCCGAAUGAAUCGACCGCCAUAUUUGAACUGACCAAAACGCUAAUUAGUCUGAUCCAAGAAAGCAAAAAGGAACAACGGGAGCAUAAUGCUCGGUUGGAGGCUAUGAUGAGGAAUAUGCGACCCAUCGCAGUACGAGCCGCCCCGAUCCAACAAGGAUUGGCCUCAGCACCUGCUUUCGGAGGGGCUGCGAAUAAUCUGAACGUUUGUUACGCAUGCCAUCAACCCGGACAUAUGGCUCGAGAUUGUGCCCAUCGACCCCCACAACCGAGGGUCGGAGUCGCUCCAAUGGCCGCGGCUCCCAUCGCCAACGGACUUGGAUGGGUAGGAGCCCUGAUGGAAGAAAUGGAGGGCGUAGGUAGUAUGCUAGCUACUAUAGAAGAGGCUGCUGAGCUCAUUCCGUUGGAUCAAUAUGUAUCACUUGGAUAUCCAGGACUAGGAAUGAUUGGAACAAUCAGACUUGCGCCGGAACAGAAAGAGGUGGCGGAGUGGCGACCCUCUCCAGGAGAGAUGGAGUCGGGAGGACCUACCUUCGUCACUGCUGAGAUCGAUGUUCUGAACAUCGUCCGAGCACUAGACCACCGAAUUGCUCUUCUAAUCGGUCAUCUGCUUUCCAUAUCAGAACAGGCCAACGAGCGAAUGUUGCAACACUGCAAAGCCAAUCAAAAACGAUUCGCUCUUGCUUGAACAACGAACACGAAGGCGAAGGGACCCACACCGGAUAAGAAUACUGCAGGCACUUCCGAUCCCAUAUGUAUAGGACUGGUGCAGAAAGAUGACCAUUUCCUACGGAUUAAACCUAUCCCAUGGAAAUUCGCGGAAUGCGAUAUCAAAGUAUGGGGAGUCCCGUAUAAUGCAAUUAUCGAUUCGGGAGCAGCUAUUUUGGCUAUUUCGCUAUGAGUAGUGGAAAGAGCGGGAAAAAGGAACGACUUGAUCAUGCUCACAGAAAGAGAUCAGCUCGUUUCCGCAGACGAAGAAAAGAUUAAAACGGUGGGAUGGAUGACCAAUAUUGCAUUUCGAUUAGGGAAGGUGCAUGCUUUGGGAGAUGUCGUGGUACUAGAUGUCAAUACCUACAACGUUCUUUUUGGCCUUCCCACCCUGGUAGCAUUGCGAGCUAAUCUAGACUUUGAAAGACGGUAAAUUAUCCUCCGAAAUACGAGAGGCAAACCUUAUGUUGUCCCGAUGAGACUGACCUUGCGAACCACGGCUAAUAAAGCCCCACGAGUUUC